UGGCAACACUGCGCUUUGGCAGCGGCUGGUCAUCUGCGAAAAUGGCCACAAUCAUAAAUUUAAGUCAACAUCAAUGUAAAUUACUAAAUUUAUGUUAUAAGGAAUCAUUUAGGUGUAGGAACUACAGUCAUCUUUACACAAAAAAUAAAUUAUUAUAUAACUACAUUCCUGCCAUAAAUCAACUGCAACAAUCUAGCACAAUCACAAAAGAAACAGAACCUAAAACAAAAUUGGGCGGUGGAAUACUCGCCCUAGCGUUAAAGAGAAAACCUAGUUUUAAUUUUACCAAACAACCAGCAAGAGGAUGUUUUCACCCAGGAGCUUCAGUCCUAUCCAGGGAAACCAUCCCCUUAAAUGGCAAAGCAGUGACCGGCCGCGAGAUGAUACAUGCCAUGCUGCAAUAUAUAUGGCCAAAGGAUAACAAAAUGAUUAGAGAUAGAGUGAAAUUGGCCUUAGGUUUAUUAGUAGCUGCCAAAGUUAUGAAUGUAUCUGUACCUUUUAUAUUUAAAUAUGCAGUGGAUUACCUGAACAUGGCUGGAACCAUGAACAUGGAUUCAGGUCCGGCCGCAGUAACUACUGUUGCAACCAGUAUAAUGCUCGGAUAUGGUAUUGCAAGGGCUAGUGCUGCUGGCUUCAAUGAACUUAGAAGUGCUGUCUUUGCCAAGGUCGCCCAACAUUCAAUAAGAAAAAUCGCCAAAAAUGUGUUCCUACACUUGCACAACUUAGAUUUGUCUUUUCAUUUGAGUAGACAAACUGGUGCUCUCUCUAAAACCAUUGAUAGGGGGUCAAGGGGGAUAAAUUUUGUGUUGUCUGCCAUGGUUUUCAAUGUUGUUCCAACAGCAUUUGAACUUGCAUUAGUCUCAUCAAUUCUAGGACUAAAGUGUGGUGCUGCUUUUGCUGGCAUUUCAUUGGGUUGUGUGGCAGUUUAUAGUUUGUAUACUUUAACUGUUACACAAUGGAGAACCAAGUUCAGGGUGUACAUGAAUCAAGCUGAAAAUGAAGCAGGAAACAAAGCUAUUGAUUCACUAAUCAACUAUGAAACUGUUAAGUAUUUUAAUAACGAAGAAUUUGAAGCCGACCGAUACAAUAAUGUACUUAAGAAAUACGAAUCUGCCAGUUUGAAAACGACAUCGAGUUUAGCCCUACUGAAUUUCGGGCAAAAUGCAAUUUUCAGUGCUGCCUUGAGCGGGAUUAUGAUUUUAGCAGCCCAAGAAAUUAUUAAAGGUAACAUGAGUGUUGGUGACUUGGUGAUGGUCAAUGGUCUUCUGUUUCAACUGUCCAUACCAUUAGGAUUUUUGGGUAGUGUGUACAGAGAAGUUAGGCAAGCACUAAUUGAUAUGCAGACAAUGUUUACUCUAAUGAUGAUGGACAGUAAAAUUAAGAAUAAACCACAAGCGCCUUACUUGUAUUGUGACGCCGAUUCUAGUGACAUCAAAUUCGAAAACGUCAGCUUCGAUUAUGGACCAGGCAAGACCAUCUUCAAAGACUUGACAUUUACAAUUCCCGCCGGACAGAAAGUCGCUAUUGUGGGAGGGUCAGGUGCAGGAAAGUCAACAAUUGUACGUCUGUUGUAUCGAUUUUACGAGCCGUCCCACGGUCGUAUUUUGAUUGGUAAUCAGGAUAUACGUGACGUGGACAUAAAUAGUUUGAGACGUAGCAUCUCAAUCGUACCACAGGACUCGGUCCUAUUCCACGACACCAUCCGGCAUAAUCUUCAUUAUGGCGAUUUGUGUGCUGACGAAGAGCAGGUCAUCCAAGCGGCCAAAAUGGCUGAAAUACAUGACUCAAUUAUGAAAUGGCCACAACAGUAUGAAACCCAAGUGGGUGAAAGGGGUUUGAAGUUGUCUGGCGGUGAAAAACAAAGAGUAGCAAUUGCCAGAGCUAUUCUGAAAAACUCCCCCAUCCUGGUGUUUGAUGAAGCAACCAGUUCUUUGGACUCUAUCACAGAACAUAACAUUCUUUCAGCUCUUAGGAGGGCAACUGAAGGAAGGACGAGUAUUUGUAUCGCACAUAGGUUAAGUACAAUCAUGGACGCAGAUCAAAUCUUUGUUUUAGAACAUGGCCAAAUCAGUGAAACUGGUACCCAUGAAACAUUAAUAUCAAAUCCAAAUUCACUAUAUUCUAAACUAUGGUGUACACAAAACAUUAAAGCCCUUCCAACAGAAAAAUAAUCCUAUUUUUUAUUAUUAAGUUUAAACGUGAUUAGUUUUAAGUGUAAAUAUGGUUAUAUAUUUGUUGUGAUUUAAUUUUACUUCAUUUUUCUCAUCUUUAUUUUAUUGUUGGUAUUUAUGGUGUUUAUCAACGUAUAUAUUGACUAAAUUAUUAUUUUGUUGUUGCCAAAUAUUUUGUCACCAAUGUACUAUAAGAUAAUAAAUUUAUUUUAAUUUUA